AUGUCGUUAUUGUUUAAAGUGACCAACGUGUUGAGCAAGUUAGAAGAGCCACGAACACCGUACAGUUAUCGCACGCAUAAAAAAAUUUAUAAUUUGCCAGGACAAUAUUUUCAUUGCGAUUUGGCCGACAUGAGUGUUUUUAAUACGGAUAAAAAAGUAUAUCGUCGCAACUAUUGCAUUGUUCUCGUUGACGGUGUCAGCGGGUUUGUUCGUUUCAAAGCCAGCAUCGGUAAGUCAGCAAGAGAAAUACUUGUUGCUCUAAAAAGCUUGUUCGAACACAUGAACAGACAAGAAGAAGUCUUUUUGCAGACCGACAGAGGUGGCGAAUUUUAUAACAAACAGUUUGAAGCGUGGUGUAAUGAAAAUAAAAUUACGCAUUUCUCAUCGAAAAAUCUGCAAAAGGCUUAUCUUGCUGAAAACGCUAUUCGGCGCCUCAAAGAUAUAUAUCAAAAAUUAAGAAUCGCUAAAAAAUUGACAGACAAGACAGAUUGGACCAGUUUUUUGCCGCUAGUAGAAGAAAAGUUAAACAAAUCAAAACGCACAGUGUCUGGCAUCACGCCUGAAUAA